AAUUUGCGGUAUACCGGCAGACGCGCGGGACGAAAACGAUCAGCUGUUCAGAACCGUGUUUCCGGUUCAUGCUGCAUUGCUGACUGCUCGAUCAAUAACAUGUCAUAAUUCCUUGCAUUAUUAGGCUAAUGGAAAAAAGAUAUGGGCAUAAUGCUUAACGAGCUGCUCAUUAAGCUGUGCAUUCUGCAUGGCUAAAUUGAUUAUUUAGAUAUCAUUGGCCUGCACUUUUCUGUGAUACAGUAUUCAUAAUUCUUCAAAAGCGCCGUAUUUAUUAUUCUAUUGAUGUUAUAAGUGCAUCCAGUAUUAAUUUUGGUAUUAUUUCAGCCACGUACACCAGUUUAGUAUCUGCCGUGCAAUUUUAUCGUUAAUACUAUGGACGCUGCUGCAGGAGCGUUCUCCGUUACAUCCGUUGUCUGUCUGGGCGUGGUGGCCGCAGUACUAUGGCUGUGCUACGCUAUCGCCAGUCGACAGUGGCGGAAACUGCGGGAGCCGGUGGUGGAGAAAUGGAUCCUCUUCUGGUGCUAUUACGAUGCCUUCACGCAUUUAGGCAUGGAGGGCGCUUUUCUCUGGAUCUCCUUGACGGGAACCGUCGCGACCUCCACGAACCCUCUCAGUAUUGUUUGGAAGGAAUAUGGGCUGGCUGAUACGCGCUGGCUGCACUCCGAUCCCAACGUGGUAUCCUUGGAAGUACUGACGGUAGUGGUGGAUGGACUGUUGGCGCUGAUACUGGCAUAUGCUAUUAUCAAGCGACGAUCAUAUCGGCAUUUUGUGCAGAUUGUACUCAGCGUCUGCGAACUAUAUGGAGGCUGGAUGACAUUUGCUCCCGAAUGGUUGACCGGAAGUCCCAACUUGAACACAGCUAGCCCAGUGCAUAUGUGGUUGUACUUGGUCUUUUUCAAUGGUGUCUGGGUGGUUAUUCCAGGGCUGCUGUUGUGGCAUUCUUGGAAAGCUCUGCAAGAUGUAUUUGGCCGUCGCGCUGGCAAGACAAGAGCAGGCUGAACAUUUACUGUGUACUUCUGGGUCUGUUACUGUGCUUCACUGCAUUUUGUAAACGUUUUCAAUAUUGUUUUGGAUCGAUUCCGAUACCCGAGUAUUUUCAGUAUUGCUUUGAAAAAUACAAACAGAACGGUCCCUGAGUAGUUCUAAAAUCAUAAAACCAGCACAUACGCUCUGA